CCUCGGCGGCCUCAGCGUCCCCCGUUCCCUCCGCGCCCACCCCCGGGGGCGGCACGAACCCGCCGGGAAGAUGUCCCGGCCCGUCAGGAACAGGAAGGUGGUCGAUUACUCCCAGUUUCAGGAAUCAGAUGAUGCUGAUGAAGAUUAUGGAAGAGAUUCAGGUCCCCCCUCCAAGAAAAUCCGCUCGUCUCCCCGAGAGGCCAAAAAUAAGAGGCGAUCUGGGAAGAAUUCUCAGGAGGACAGUGAGGAUUCAGAAGACAAAGAUGUGAAGACUAAGAAAGAUGAUUCACACUCAGCAGAUGAGGAUUUUGGCAGUGAAGAUGAUGAUAUAGGAGCAGACGAUGGCAAAGCUGACAGUGACUAUGAGAGCUCUCAAAAAAGCAAAAAAGGAAAAAAGGCUAAACCAGACAAGAACAAGAGAGCAGCCUCCAAAUCCAGGAAAAGGCCUGCAGAGGACAGCGAGGACGAGAAGGAGGAUCACAAAAACGUCCGUCAGCAGCGACAGGCGGCGUCCAAAGCAGCUUCUAAACAGCGGGAGAUGCUCAUGGAUGACGUGGGCAGUGAGGAGGAAGAGCAAGAGGAUGAUGAGGCCCAGUUCCAGGAGACAGAUUCAGGAAGUGAUGAAGACUUCCUCAUGGAAGAUGAUGAUGACAGUGAUUAUGGCAGUUCAAAAAAGAAGAAUAAGAAGGUCUCCAAGAAAUCCAAGCCAGAGAGGAAAGAAAAGAAAAUGCCCAAGCCCAGGCUAAAGGCUACAGUGACCCCCAGUCCAGUGAAAGGCAAAGGGAAGGGAGGUCGUCCCACAGCCUCCAAGGCAACGAAAGAAAAGACCCCAUCCCCCAAAGAAGAGGAUGAAGAGCCUGAAAGCCCCCCAGAAAAGAAAAAAUCAGCCAGCCCUCCACCAGAGAAGUCAGGGGAUGAGGGAUCUGAAGACGAAGCACCCUCUGGUGAAGAUUAAAAAAUGGCAGUUGAGGAAACCUUUGGUUAAAAAAAAAAAGAGAAAAAAAAAAGAAAAAGGAAAAGAAAAACAUACUUAGGGGUAGAACACGGUUUUGGCUGUGGCUUGACUCAUGGGCUUUGAAUGCUGUCUUUACUUUCAGCUGUUUAAUACAGUGUAUCCUUUUUUAAUAAGAGGAAACCCUUAUACAGUAAUAUUUUGAAGUCAAUGUUCUCUGUUGGCCAUUCCGUUCUCCCUCCCCCACCAAAUCUGAAAGCCAUUUGAGACAAAUUAACAGACCAUUAAAUAUAUUUUUUUUUUCCAAGGGAUAUUGCAGUUGUGAAGCAAUAAGGUUUGAGGACUGAUAUGUGGAAACCAUACUGAAAAAAAUCCUUAAGUAGAAUAGAUUUUUUUCCCAGUGCUGGUAAGAGUUGUUUAAAACUAUUAUUCUGUAUUUGAAUAUAUGGAGAGAAAAAAAAAAAAAAAAGAACCUAUGCUUUAACAGACUUUUGUUGAGACAAGUUCACUCUCAGAAAAAAUGUAGUUGAUAUAAUUCCAGUGGAGGAAAAGGAGACACAGGGAGGAAACCUGUGUUUCUUGGAUUCAGGCACGUUUUUCAUGGAAAGCAAUCAAGAGACCCAGAGAUGGUCCAGUGUCUUUGAUUUAGAAAAGACCCUCCAAUUAGGAUGGGAGAUUUUUUUUUUUUUUGUCUUUGCUGGAUAAAAAAAACUCUUCUGCUGUAGGCAAAUUGCAGCCCAUUCUCUGCAAACCCAGAUUUACAACUUACAAGCUUCCCACAUCCAUUAACUCCACUUGAUUUCUUCAGGGUUGGCUGUAGAUGGGCAGAACAAGGAAGAGAAAUUGCAAACAACUUUUAAAACCGGUUUCCAUUUGGUUACUGUGGAAAAUACGUCUUUAGAGUUCUUUUCCAAGGAGAAAAAAAAAAGAAAUAAAUUAACGGAUAGUGUAAAAAACUUAAAAUUCUUUAGGUUUUGGGGCGAGGGAUGUCUGUGUGUAAAUGUGAAGCAAAGGAUUCUGCAGUGCUCUGGUCAGUCUCGGAUCCCAUGAGUCAGGCUUUAGUGUUUCUCUUCUCUCCCUCCAUCUGUCCUCAGAAAAGCUCCAGUGAUCCCUCAGCCCUCUCCAGCCGCAGCGUGGGACAGCAGGCAGGGAGCAUCCCCUCAUCCCACCUCCAUGUCCUUCAUCCUUCCAUCCCCCAGAGUGGGACAGCAGGCAGGGAGCAUCCCCUCAUCCCACCUCCAUGUCCUUCAUCCUUCCAUCCCUCAGUGUGGGACAGCAGGCAGGGAGCAUCCCCCUCAUCCCAACUCCACACCCUCUUCCUUCCAUCCCUCACCGUGGGACAGCAGGCAGUGACCAUCCCCUCCCCAUCCAUCCCACCUCCAUGUCCUUCAUCCUUCCAUCCUUCAGCAUGGGACAGCAGGCAGGGAGCAUCCCCCUGUCCUUCCAUCCCCCAGCAUGGGACACAGGCAGGAAGCAUCCCCUCAUCCCAACUCCACACCCUCAUCCUUCCAUCCCUCAGUGUGGGACAGCAGGCAGUGACCAUGCCCCCCAUCCCACCUCCACAUCCUUCAUCCUUCCAUCCCUCAGGGUGGGACAGCAGGCAGUGAACACCCCCCCCCAUCCCACCUCCAUGUCCUCAUCCUCCCAUCCCUUCAUCCUUUGCUCCCACGGCCACACGUCUGCUGUCCAGCUCCCUGAGCCUGGGAAGCGCUGGGUAGGGAACAGUGGCCAAGGAUGGAGCUGGGAGGGAGUGUUGGAAGUGGAGUGUUGGAAGCAGGACUGUUUUAGGUGGCAAGCAGGAUGUCCCUCGAAGCGAGACCCUCGAGAUGUGUGUGGUGGCAUUUUAACGUGCUUUUAUCAAAGCAGCCACGUCCUUUUUUUGUCGUCGCUUUAUGUUCGUUUUUAAACCUCCAUUAAACUACCCAAGCCUGGGUUUUCAAACCCUGAUAGCAGAGGUUGCUGCCAUGUUUGUUGGUGGAAAUACUGAAAACUGGACCUGCCAUUUUUCUCUCUAUUUUUUUUGUUUCCUUUAAACCCUUUGUGCUUCUGUUGGUUGCUCACAGUUAUCUUCCAGCUGACAAGCUUUUGCAUCCUAUUUUUUUGUUUGUUUGUUGUUUUUUUUUUGUUUUGUUUUUUUUUUUGGUCACAGAACUACACAUUUUGUAACCAGCCUCUUGAAGGUAACAUAAGGCAGCUAAUUAGUUGGAUUUCUGGUAGCACAUGCUACCAGAUUCGUAAUCCUGUUUGGAUUCUAGAGAGCUCUUAGAUGUGAUACACUAAUAUGAUCAGGAAGGACACUUGGCUGAAUCCAUAGGGAGCCUGAGGAUGCUGAGCACAGUGUGGAGCCUCAGAUGGGGAAUGGAAUAUUAAUGCAGCAGCCGAGUGAUUUGUCUUGUGUGGUUCAUAGCCCUGGUUUUUAUUGAGGCUGGUAAAUUACUUUACCUUGGCUUAUAAAAAUUUCAAGUUCUCUUAACGUUCUUUACUCUCAUGAAACUACUGUUGCCGUUCCAAUAAAGAUGAUCGUUGUUUCGAUUGUAAA